CAAUUCUCCAAGUCCUUGUGGCCUAUUCCCUCGUUUCAACUUACUCCACAGCGGACCAGACCGUGCACUGCCCUACCGUUUUCUUUUGGGCCCUUGUCCCCUAAGUGCCCCCUGGUCUCUUCAAGUCUCUCGAAGACUUCCUGAGAGACGUUUCACAGCUCCUCCACAGCUGCAGUGAGGUGAUUGAUCGCUUUUCGACGUCAUGGGUGGUUCACGUGACAGAACCUACCGGAACAUGUGGAUUGACCUCGCCCUUGCAUCUACUUUAGUUCGCUCAUUUAUAUCAACAUUCGGAGGUCCCAAAAACAACGCUUCCGGAAAGCUGAGUCGCAAAUCCUCGAAUAAUGCCUCUCCUGUCGAAACACCACCUCGGUGGCAGACCCCGUCACCCGAUACACCCUCACCACCCUCUGAGUUUUCCCCAGUAGGUGGCACAACUCCAAGAGGUGGUGAAAUUGAGACGCGACCUGCGUCGAUGAUCUUCUCAAACAACCCUCCGCUAAUGGCCCAGGUGGAUGGCAUCCCACCGGAGCUGUCGCCGAUCUUUUCCUUCCUCAACAUUCACACCAAUAAAGUCUAUCACGAAGGCUACUUCUUGAAAUUGAAUGACCAAGAUAACCAGGGCCGGCCGUGUCUUGAUCGGCAAUGGAUAGAAUGUUAUGCUCAACUUGUUGGGACGGUCCUUUCACUAUGGGAUGCCACUGCGCUGGACGGAGCUGGCGGACAAGAGGUCCCGGCGACCUUUAUCAACAUUGCAGACGCGUCAAUUAAAAUGAUCGAAACGUUGCCGAUCAGGAAUGGAGCGGCAGCACCGCUUAAUAAUGUUCUAAGUAUCUCAUCCGCAGGGAAAAACCGAUACCUGCUUCAUUUCCGCUCGUUCCAUUCCAUGUGCGAAUGGACUGCAGCAGUUCGUCUUGCCAUGUUCGAGCACACCUCCUUAUACGAAGCAUACACCGGUUCUCUCAUUGCAGCCAAAGGAAAGCAUCUCAAUGGGAUUCAAGCAAUCUUAGCCCCGGCGAAAUUCCGAUGUGAAGACUGGGCGCGCGUACGGUUUGGCGCAGGGACCCCUUGGAGACGAUGCUGGUUUGUGAUCAACCCCCCAGACGAAAAGCAGGUCGCAAAGGCUCGAAAGGCUUUGAAAAAAUCAGCAUACGAUCGCCUGUCCAUUCCCGUCACAGGAAACAUUCAGUUUUUCGAGACUCAGAAGACUAAAAAAGCAAUCCCGAUUGCGACAAUGACCCAUGUGUAUUCGGCAUAUGCGAUCUAUCCACAGUCGAAGGCUUUGAUCGACCAAUCCUCUCUGGUGAAAUUGGAAGGUCGGAUCACCUUGCACGGGCAGAAUCAGUCCACCACGGAGGGCUUUGUGUAUGUCAUGCCCGAGUUGCAUGCGGCAAUUUCUGGAUUUGAAAUGAUGCUGCGAUUCCUUUUCCCGACGUUCGAUACCUUCAAUCUCUAUGGCCGCCCCACUCGUCUCGUGGCCGACACCAAUCAUAUCAAAAGUAUCAUGUUUGCUUUCCCUCAGGAGCGUCGAUUUGGAUAUCUGGAUCUCAUGGAUAUCACCAGCCUUCUUCAGACCCCAGGUAGCCAAGGGUGGAGUGAAGCUGAAUGGAGGCGACAGCUGAAAGAAGCGACCCAGAAGAGAGCUUCCACGGGCCGGAGCAGAACUAACAGCGUCAACAGCGCUCGGCCCCGAUACCGCUCGAGUAUCUCUGUAAACCACUCCACUCCGACCGAGUCCCCUCGUCGGCCUUUCCUGGCGGAGAGCAAGCCUGAGUUCAACAAUACAGAAGCGGUAAUUGCCGAAGUUCCUAGAGCUGAACCUCCUGCCUAUCAUAAUCGCGGAAUGUCAGACGUUACAGGGAUGCAGACAGGGCCUAGACCCGGUUAUUCAUCCCUGGAUUUUAGCUCACCGGACUCGUCUGCCCAGGAUUUGGUGCAACGUGAUCGACAAGCUGCUCUGGCAGCUCCUAUCACGGAGCACUAUAAUACUCACAUGGAACGACACCCUACCCUGGUCAAUGAAGAGCAGCUUCCACCGCGCACGCCACCUUCUCCUGUCGCAAGCCCUCCUGCCUUCGCACACGGCCCUCGUGAGAUGCCCCCAAACCGCCCUUAUGCAACUACGGCGCAGCGAUUGGCCAACAAUCGCAUGUCCAAUGCGACUUUGAUGCAACUAACAUCAAUUGGUCGGACGGAUGGAACCGCGUUGGCUGUACAUGACGCUUCGUCCCCAGUCAGCGAUCAGCAGUCUCAAAACCAGGAAUUCCAAGCGCCAUAUCCCGCCACUGCUGUGCAAUUCGCGGAGCCUACAAGCUCACCGAACCCGCAGCUCGCCCAUCAGUCCAGUGACGAAGCAUUCCGUCUUGCUGUCGCGAUGCGAGCCUCGCUCAAUAUGAACGAUCGGCCUUCAACGUCUAGCACUACAGGGUCCUCGUCACCGCAACGUAAGGUUCCAAUUGAUACGUCCAAGUCCUUGAAACGGAAGCCACUUCCUCAGAGACAGAUUUACAAUGGAGAGCCUCUGUCUCCUGGAGAGCCGAGUUUGGAUGACCUUCGCCACACUCUGGACGAAGAUGCACUCAAUCGCAUCGCUCCUCACCUGUCAUCUCCUGUGACCCCGACUGAAAAUCAAGCAAUGGAGGAAGAGAGUGUCUAUGAUGAUGCUGCUUCUACAGUAUCACCAGAUUACGCAAGCACCCAUGGCUCGGUGUAUAGUAAGAAGUCCCAAAAAUCAACCAAACCGCGGAUGGGUGUCAUGAAGACUGUGGGAGAACCUGCCAAACGCGAUUAUGUUAUUGGCGAUGCUCAUUACUCAACCGAGAAGCCCAAAGAAGCCAACCCGGAAAUCCCUUCUGUUGAUUUUGGACCCACGAUGACUUACAUGCCUACCACUGGACGCCCAAACACGGGCGACGCUUUACGCAGGGAUCCUCACCAGAGAAAGGAUUCAGAAGCUGAAAGAUACAGACUUUCGGUGCCGAAUACCAUGGACCUUGGAUAUAGCCGGUCCUCCGGCCAGGAGGAACACAGACGGAGUAUGCUUUGGCAGCCUGGAAUGGCUUCCAACCGUCCUACCACCCCUGGCGGAGGUCUUACCCCGGAGCACAACGCGCAGCGCCUAGUCCCCCCAAUUCACAUGCACAAUCGGUCUCCGUCUAACAACACUCCACCACCACAGCGUCCAACUUCCGGAGAUUGGACCCAGUACACCCGCCCUGGUUCCCGUGUGACCAGCCAGGAGCACAACUACCGGCCCUCUUCGCGGGGCACAAGCCCAAUGCUGAACUAUGACAUAUCGAAUCAUCUUUCGGCCCGGGAACAAGAACACGUUGCACGAGUGACCAAUUCUCCAUUUUUCAAUAUGUCACAAGAUACCCGCCGGCCACAGGUUCCUGCCAACCCCGUAGGUCUGGUAUCAACUAUCGAUGCCCGCGAACGAGAGAGGCGCGAGAUGAGAGAGGGAUUCUCCAACCAGAUGGUCCAGAGUGCGAUCAAUCAGCGCCAGCAUCACAUGAAUAACCAGCAAGCUGAUGCCCGUUAUUAUGGCUCAAUGUACCCGGCUCAGCCUCAGCCACAAUUUCGCCCAAACGCCAUGUACAACAUGGCUGGUGCAAACCGCACCUGGGAUGCUGUUCACCAAAUGAAUCAACCUGAAGAACCUCGCCGUCAAUCUUGGUAUGGCCAGCUUGGUCCAGCAUCACCUAUUCCUUCAAAUUACCAACAAAGCCAAAUCUAUGCUCAACACGGAGUAUACCCCGGCAAUCCCAACGUCAUGCAUCACUAG